AUGUUUAUCGGUCGUGGUGAUGUCUACGUAGAAAGGGAACAAACGACACUCAUGAUUGUCUCUUAUUUGAUGAUGGCCUCGAAUGUUGGCGGUGUAGUGCUUCUUCGCAUCACCCAGAUAAUGUCGAAACGUCAUCUGACCAGCCCUGAUCGGGCACUUUCGACAAGUUACCAGUGCAAGGAAAAUCUGAGAGUGUCUACGUGUUACUGUUUUUUACUCGCCUCUGUCAAUUCGGCUUUUCGAAUGUACGUCUACUACGUUGGCCUCGACCUUGGAGCAUUCCUUAUGCGAUUACUCGCACAUAUGUACAAUUUGUCUCUCGCAGUGGGCGUGUUCCUGACACCUUUUCUACUAAUCGUCCUACAGCCACCACUGCUCGGCAUGUUCUACAAACGACACGUACGGAGAUUGAGCUACGUUGAGGCGGAUCACAACAAAAACACUGUCACUUACUUUGAAGAUCUCAAAAAGAUGUGGGGGAAGUGA